AAAACUCUGUGGCACGCGACAGAACCCUAAGUGCGCGUGAAAAGGUCGCACAGUAAACGUGAGGGAAGCCAAGCUGUGUAUUACGUCUCCGCGUGCAUUAAACUUUAUCUAGAGAAGUUCGAUGGAACGUAAAGCUUGACUGUGCUACCGUUCAUAUCUUGAACCCUGUCGAGGGUUAAGAGUUGACUUCCUUUACGACAAAGACGUUCUCGCCCAUUAUAUAAUGUUUCAAUGAGUUUUGUUCUCUUCAUGAACACAGCUUCAAGCCUUUAACAAAACCGUCCAGUUGUUAAACAUCCUUCUUUUAAAUAACGUUACUGUUGCGAAGCGCUCGAUCUAAAGUAGGGGCGUUUAACUUCAGCUCUACAAUCGCCCUAUACAGUUAACUAUAUUUGUUUUGCAGGCUAGAGAUGAAACGUUAUCUAGAAUAUUGAUCAAGUAAUUGAGUUCAUUCAUCUAAAGGAAGUCGGCUGAAGACACGUGGUGUUGGGGUGAUUUUUAAGAAGAAUUUCCAAGCCGUCGAAAUCGCACCACUUCAAGUUUCGAUGAAACCACUAGUGGAACCUUUUUCAGUUAUCUAACAAUUAAGCUUCGUGUACCGCGUUCCACCCUGAUCCAUCAGUACAUAACACGACUUUCCCUGUCGACUGAGCAUCCAAUAGGGUGACCUUGGGGAGUUUGCUGGCUGCGCAAAAGCAGAGGGUCAAGAAAAAGUGGGCCAGCAGCCAAUGUGUCGUAGUUAUAUGUUCUAUUCUUUGUAAGGACAUUACCUGUUAGAGUUCUACUACGCAAGUAAUGCUUAUCGUAUCUCCGAGCUUCAAACCAGCUUUUAUGAAGGUCAGAAAUAUUACUCGGAAAAGUAAUGAAUUCUUAUUGGUUGUCGAUCUUAAAAUUAGGUAUAUAAAGCAUAGAGAGAGAGUAGAAUCUACUACAUAGCAUACUUCAGGUGUUGUCCGUAUUGAAUUUCCAAGUAUUGUACAAAAGUACGUUAAGUUUUAUUCAUAUCAAGGGAACUGGGGAGUAUGGAUCGAAAAGGGGACUUUUAUGAUCGAGAGGAAAAUGGACCAAUAGAUCUAAGUAUUAAACCUCCCAGAGCAAUCUAUAUAAAUAAGUGUGAAACUAAGCCUUUUAGAAACACACAUCACUUUAAAGAAACAGAAAAGAUGACCAAUCAUGGCUAUCACUCAGGAUUAAUAGAAAGAGGGUCGAAGAUGAUGUGCAGGGAUAGACUGUCCACUUCAGUUUUACCUUAUUCGGUUCAGUCACAAGACACCACUAAAGUAAAUUCAAACAUUGAAAACAUUAAGCUGAAUGUGCCUCAAGCUUCUUUUGUCUUGCCGACUGCCAGUAUUGGCAACUUUCCUAUUGUAUGCGAUGCUCUAGGAAUACGUUAUUCCAUAACGAAUCUUCCUGAUGGGCAAAGGUGUCUUCUUCCUUUAGGAAACUCCAUCUAUAACAAUUCUCAAAAGUUAAUUUCACUUGAAAAUACCGCAAAUAAAAGUCAAAAUUACCAUAGUGAAUCUGAGUCGUUUACCUGGUCAAGUGAUCCGGUUUGUAUGAAAACUCAAAAGGGAUGUAUUUGUAAGUUGUGUGAAAGAAGACGAAACGUUCACCAGAGUUAUUUAAGACCCAAUUCCCGCUUUAAUAAAAGAAACUCUCACAUAGAACAAGAAUCUCAUCCUUCUAAAAAUGUUUCAUUUAAUGGAUCUGCAUCUGAUAUCCCGUUUUCCUCUCUCCGACAUUCCAUUAGACACAACUCUCAAUCGCUUGAAUUGCCACCGUUUCUUCAAAACAGUACGAAACAUGAAGAUUUUUCGGAAGAAGAAGAGUUACCUGAAGAUCUUUCACUUAAUAAAUUACCUCACCGUUUAGAAGAAUUUGCUACAUUAGCACUGAGCUCGGAGCAUUUGCGAACUUUUAAUAAACUCAGAAGAUCUGCAAGCUUUUGUAAUAUUUCCAACAGUACUCUAGAGAAAGAACAGGACCACCCUACGGACAGACCAAGAAGGAAGUCAGAUAGUGAAACACCAGACUUAUCGCCCAUUUUUAAAAAAGAUUCAUCCCAUAUUCUGCAAGAUAGCCAUUCCGGCCGAAGCUCUAAGAAAACUCGCAUUUUCUCGUCACUUUCUGAGAAGAAUAAGUGCCUUGUUUCAAAACAAGAAAGGCUAAACAUUCCCAAACCCUUACAAAGUUUGCAAGCUUCUGUAACAGAAAUGGGUUAUCAUCCAGCAAAUGUCGAAAAUGACGAAGAAGAUUCUUUAAACCCCUUUAAGGCCCGUUCUUCUCUAAAGUCUAUGAAAGUUGCAUCGCCUGUAACUCUUUCUAAAAAAGAUACCUUUUUGGAGCAGCUGCGUCAAAUAGCGCCGACCGGUUACCCUUGGAAUGUGUAUGGCUAUUAUACCCAUCUUAUGCAGCUGUGUCAUAACCACGAAGCCUUAAAAAAAUACAUUGAUUUAUCUAUGGGGGCCAUAGCCGGUACACCAGCCGAAUUUGUAAGCUCCUUUUCUUCACCAUCUUCACCUGCUCCCACACCACAGCCCUUGACUGCAAGUUUCCCCAUGCAGGAUAAUUCACCACUGAGUGAGGUGAACGGCAGUGUUAAAAAACAGCCCACCAGAGCCUUAACGGGCAAACACGUGAAAUACGGAACCGGCGCUAGUCCCUCAACGUUGCUUACUCUUCGACAAAAAAUCCAAGAACGACAAAGAGCAAAGGAACUCGCUGUACAAGGUGAGGUUAUUUCAAAUGGCAAGACUGUUGAAGUUCGCAAAAAACGUAACCGACCGGUUCUAUCCAAAGGUUCUGUUAAACGUAACCGGCAACAGAAAACCAAAAGUAUUUCAAAGUUUGAAACUUAAAAUAAGUGAUUUCCUAAUAAUGUGAUAUUUAUAACUUGGUGAAAAAAAAAAAGAAGAAACAGUUUUUAAGUAUUUAAUGCAUUCCAAUCAUCAUUGUAUUUAACAUGCCUAGUGCAGUUGUCACUGAAACUAUUUUUGCAGAGGGACAAAUGGAACUAUUUUAUUGACUUUGACGAAAACAAAAUCAAGGUUUAUUAUUCAAUUCAGUUUUUGGAAUAUAAAGGUGUUUGUAACACUUAAAUAAAACUACGUAUUUUUAUUUUACUUUGUCUAGAGUCUCGUCUAAAAAUACAUACGCAUGUUAUGGAAUAUUUAUCACUAUUUGUAAAAUGUUUCAACAAUGUAUUCGUUGUCAUAGAAGAAAGGUCAUCUUUGCUCAGUUUUCAGGGAAUAUAUUCCUAAAUUUGUUUUCAUAUAUAUGUUUUGAGCACAAGUUGUAAUUUUUUUAAUGUUUUUAUACAAGUUUAAACAUAUUCUGAUAUUGUGUUUGUACGUAAUGACUUAUAUUUAAGGUAUUUUUAUGCAUUUUAAGAAUACAAUCUCUAGCAGAAGAUUUUUCGUGGUGACCACACACAUAUUUCGACAUAGAAGUGCAUUUGAGAAAUAUUCAGUGGUUCAUACACGUAACAUUGCCUAAUGUAUUUGUGCGUGUGUAAGUGUUAAAUAAAAUACAGAAAUUAAGUAUA